AUGGAAGCGGGCAGCGCAGCCAGGACAAAUGGCACCACCAGCAAACCCGAGGACGUCAAGAGCCCAACUGCCCCCAAAAAAGAAGAGGAAGCCAAGAAAGCCACGAGCCCUGGCGGAGGCGAGAAAGAAGCUAUAAAAGGCACGGGCGGUGCUGCGUUGGAGACAGGGCAAAUCAAGAGCUCCCUCUUCUCUGGGAGUGACUGGAAGAGGCCCAUCAUUCAGUUUGUGGAGUCAUCCGACGAGAAGAGGUCAACCUACUUCAGCAUGGACUCGGCAGACUCCAAGAAGAUGCAGUUCGCCAGCGGCCAGAUCGGAGACAUGCGGAGACCGGCCCUGAACUUCCCGGAGAAAGGGGACCUCAGGAAGUCCCUCUUCUCCUUGGAUUCCAAAAAGAGCUUCCUGCCUGCUGAUGGGGAAGGGAGGAAGUCUUUGUUCUCCUCAGGGCAGAUGGGGGACCUGAAGAAAUCUUCCCUGCCUCUGGUGGAGACGGGGGAUCUGAGAAGACCCUUCAACAAGCCCGACAGAGCCGCGGGCUCCCGGCCCCGUGUCAAGCUCGAGGAUGUUCUCUGCGACUCCUGCAUCGACAACAAGCAGAAGGCUGUGAAGUCCUGCCUGGUGUGCCAGGCUUCCUUCUGCGAGCUGCACCUCAAGCCCCACCUGGAGGGAGCGGCGUUCCGGGACCACCAGCUGCUGGACCCCAUCAGGGACUUCGAAGCCAGAAAAUGCCCUGUGCAUGGCAAGACCAUGGAGCUGUUCUGCCAGACGGACCAGAUGUGCAUCUGCUACCUCUGCAUGUUCCAGGAGCACAAGAACCACAGCACGGUGACGGUGGAGAUCGAGAAGGCAGGGAAAGAGGCCGAGCUGUCGCUGCAGAAGGAGCAGCUGCAGCUGAAGAUCAUCGAGGUGGAAGAUGAGGUGGACAAGUGGCAGAAGGAGAGGGACCGCAUCAAGAAUUACACCACCAACGAGAAAGCCACGGUGGACCAGCACUUCAAGGAGCUGAUCCGUGACCUGGAGAGGCAGAGGGAUGAGGUGAAGGCUGCCCUGGAUCAGAGGGAAAAGAUCGCCUCAGAGAACGUGAAAGAAAUCGUGGAUGAGCUGGAGGAGAGGGCGAAGCUGCUGCGGGAGGACAAGGAGAACAGGGAGCAGAUCCACCAGAUCAGCGACUCCGUGCUCUUCCUGCAGGAAUUUGGGGCUCUGAUGAGGAAUUACGUGCCACCUCCAUCCCUCCCAACCUACAGCGUGCUCCUGGAAGGGGAGAGCAUGAGCCCAUCCAUGGGGCUGCUCAGGGACGACCUCCUCAACGUCUGCAUGAGGCACGUGGAGAAGAUCUGCAAGGCAGACCUGGGCCGCAACUUCAUCGAGAGGAACCACAUGGAGAACGGGGGGGACCACCGGUUCAUGAUGAACAACUACGAGUGGAACCAGCCUGACAACCUGAAGAGAUUUUCCAUGUUCCUGUCUCCCAAAGGUACGGCAUCCCAGAGGUGGGCAGGCUCCCUUCCAGCUCAGGAAAGGAGCUUCACUCAUGAUGUAUCCCAAAAUUUGCUCUCCCUCACUUUUCAGAUCCAUCCCUCUGCACCCAAUUUCAACCCACGGUCAUGGGAAUUUUCCUCCUUCCAAGCGACUGAGGAAACACUUGGUACGGGUAAUUCCGCCUUCAGUGUGAGAGGCUACCCUUCCAUCGUGAGGCACCAGUCUGCAAAGGUGACGCCACAGACGUGGAAAUCCUCCUCCAAGCAGUCGGUAUUGUCACAUUACCGCCCCUUCUACGUCAACAAAGGCAACGGAGCCACCUCCAACGAGGCCCCCUGAGCUCCUGAGGAUGUCGGGGAGAGCCGGCAGCGCUCGGAGUGAAGGCUCAGCUGCGGAUUUUCAUGGAUGUACCUGCUACUCUUUUAACCCUACUGCUCUAAUCUCUGCCAGGGCCAGGGGAGGUGCAGGAGGGAAUCGCCUUUCCCUGAGCAAACCAGGACUUUUCCCCAAAUCACCCGCUGGCCUUGAGAGCUCGGCAGGCCUUAACACCCUCUGCUGUCCCCUCCUUGUCCCCUCGCUGUCCCCAGCUGCUCUGCCCCUCCCGGGAUUGCGGAUGCUUGGGUGGCACCCCCUGCUAGGCAGCUGUCCCCCUGUCCCCAGAGCUGCUAAAUCCUGGUGGAGGCCCCAGCUGGCUGUUCCCAAAGCUCUUCUGAGCUGGGUGUUCCCAAAGCUCUUCCCAGCAUGGAGAGAUCCCAGCUUUUCCAUGGAGAGAUCCAUGGAGCUUUUCCCGUGCCUCUCCACGCUGGGGACACCCAGCUCCCUCUGGGAUCAGAUCCCCUGGUGGCAUCACACGUCCCCAGGGUCCUCCAUCAGCUCAGCUCUGCUCCUCACCUGCCAAAAAACCCCAGCAGGAUUUUUCCAGAGCUGCUGGAGGAGGGCAGGGAGGCUUUCCAGCCCAUUAAAGUGCCCCUCCAGCCACCGUUUCAAAUUAAGAAAUAAAAAGCAAAUCCAUCCUAGUAAUACAAGAUUGAUUAGAUGCCAUAGGUGCUGGGUGCUUUUCUGGUUUGUGGUGGUUUUUUCUUGAUUCCCCUAAACCAAAAUUGAUUUAUAUACUGUAGUUCAGGUAUUUUAUAUUUUAUUUUUUCCCUGCAGUGGGCAAUGAGAAUUACUGCCACAGCUUUUUGCUCAGGAUAAUAUUUUUGUAUUUGUCCCCUGGACAGAUGAAUCACAUCAAGGGCUGGAGAACCAUUCCAUGAUCUCCCUGAGGGGAUUUUCCUUCUCCAUGGACAAGCUGAGGGGUUCAGUCCAUGCCAGGCAGGGGGAGAAAUGGGAAUAAGAGCCCUGAAAUGGUGAAAACCAAGAGCUAACAGCUCCUUUUCAUGGUUUGCUCUAUUCAAGCAGCUUUGAAAUGGCUUCCCCCUACUUUUUCCUGCUUGCAGCACCUUGCUGAGGGAGGUCCCACCUGAAAAUUCCUUCCUGGCUCAUCCUUUCACAAAGAUACUCACGGCUUUUUAACACAACACCUCACCCAAAACUCCUGGGGCUGGAUGUUGGUCGCUCCAGAGCACUUGAAAUGUCACUUUAUGAUGAUUUUCUUCCUCCCCCCCAAUAAAGACCAGAGUGGGGAAGGGGCUGGCGUGGCAGGGCAGGAUGUGACAAAAGGGAUGUGAAAAAAGGGAUGUGAAAAAAGGGAUGGAAUCACUGGGUUUGGCACUGAGGGGUUUGAGGAUGUGCAUGAAAGGAUAAAAUCAGCCCACUCCAGCUCUGUUUGCUCUUGAGCAGGUCCAGUAAAACCUUCCACCACCUCCUUCUUAAGCUCCAAAACAUGGACACGACCCUUCCUGCUGCUCCUCCUCCUCAGUUUGGAUGUUAAAAUCCCCUGUCCCCCUGCCCUGAGGACACCACUGUCCCUUCCUCCCGCUGUCCCCUGCCCUCUCUGAGCCCCCACAGCCCCUUUGCUCCCCUUCCCCUCCCCAGGGGCCUCCCCCAGCCCUUGCAGACCCAAAUUCCCCCCAGGAAUGGAGCUGCUCCCUGUUUGUGCCAGCCCUGGAGGACGCCAGGACCCUGCUGGGGUGCCCCAGCCCCUUUUCCCCCCGGGAUGGGGCACAUCCCAGCCCUGUGGUACCUCUGCUUCCCAGGGCUUUCCAGCGAGGCUCUGAGGUGGGCAGGAACUGUUUGGAUGGUGUUUUGGUCAGCAAAGCCAGAGGGAUUCCUCCUCCUCCUCCUCAGACAGGACGUGGCUGCGCUGGUGAUAAACGAGAUGUAAACGAGGCCCCUCAAACGCUGC